CACUAAAAUCAUGCCAAGAAAAGCAGGGAAUGGGUGCAUUACAUGUCGCAUUCGUCGUGUAAAAUGCGACUUGGCGAAACCUUCGUGUCAAAGAUGUUUAAAUUCUAAACGUCAAUGCGAUGGAUAUCUACCUGAGGACUCAACGGUUACACGACGUCAACUUGCAGAGGCAGCUCGGCAAAUGUCAGUGAUUGGACCGAUCUCACAAGCUUUAUCUCAGUAUCCACGGGAUAGAAGUCGUUCAGCGACACCGACAAAUCUAACGCUAUUCGAUGUAUUUCGUACAUUAACUGCUCCGUCGACUGCAUCGUUUAUACCAUCGCAAUUCUGGACAAGGGAGUUACUCCAGCUGGCGCAUUCUGAACCAGCAGUAUGGCACGCUACCCUUGCUCUGGGGGCGCUUCAUCAACGACAUGAGCUGUUCUGGCAAGGUCAUGGGUAUCACAGCGGUGAGAAACUAUGGUCGCAGGCAAAUGAGAACUAUGGCCGUGCGAUAACGUGUGCUCGAGAUGUGAAGGAUCCAACACAACUGCUUGCACUGAGUCUUGCGCUUUUAUCAGUUACAAACAUGAUGGGUCGAUGGUCCGAAAGUCAAGUUCACAUCAUGGCUGGUCAUCGGUUGCUAAGUCAAGCAGGACAUGGUUCCGAGACGUCGGGUGCCGCAGAGAUAUUGACGAGGUUGGACUUGAUGGCCAUGACAUUCUCUGAUUCAUCAGCGCCGUAUCCUUAUAAGCUGGCGCCGAGAACGGUGUGGAUUGACGAGUACAUGAAGACCGCAGAGAUAGAGAGCUAUGGCCAGGCUGGGACUGCGUUGUUUGGAAUGAUGAGAAGACUCAUGAUGUUGUCUGAGACGACGGUAGCAGGAGAUGAAGAGGGUGCAGCAAAAGACCUCGCGAUGCUGCAUCUCACAAUGAAGGAUCUUAGCUCUUGGGAGUACAAGAUGGCCCAGUUCGAGAAGAAGCAUCCAAACCCCCACGACGAAACAGGCGCCGUGUCCAUCAGGUUGUACCACACCAUGUUACGCAUGUUCCUAUCAGGGGGCGCUUUCGGCCCAGAAACACGAUGGGACAGAUUCCUAGGCCACUACGAACGCAUCCUCAUACUCGCAGAAACACUCUGGUCCAACACACCACCAUCCCAAGUCCAAUCCCCCUUCUCCCUAGAAUCAGGCUUCAUCGUUCCCGCCUUCAUGGUCGCCCAGCGCUGUCGCCAUCCCUGGCUCCGACGCCGCGCAAUUAGUUUUCUCUACAAGAUCAAGCGACAAGAGGGGAUGUGGCACAGCGACGGUGCAGCAGCAGUGGGCCAACGAAUAAUGGAAAUUGAAGGACAGAAGUACUUUGAUAGCGAUUUAGCUUCUCCGUUAGAAGCUAUGGAAGAUGUUCCUUGGGAGGCGUGGGCGGAGACCGAGGAUAUUCCUGCGAGGACGAGCUGGGCGGGUAUAGAGAGGGUUCCUGAGAUGAUGAGAAUGAGAGAGACGUUGGUUAUGGUGGAUGCAGUUGAGAAGAGGGUUGAGUUAUCGCUUAUAAUGAGUUCAGGCGAUGAUAUCGGGAGUUUUGGAGAAGUGAAAUCCGAGACUGUGGUCGUCAACGCAACAGCGAAAAUCCCCCUUCACCCUUUCUGGCCAUUGAACGCAGACGUUCCUCAAUAUGCCGCCAACACGCUAUCCUCCCGCGCUCUCGUAGCAUCCUUCGUCGUCGGCGCAAGUGCCAUUCUCGGAGUAACACUGUCCCUGAUCCAACAAUCUCGUCGAAAACCAUCAAAGACGGAUAUAUUCAUGACACUGUGGUUUGCUCUCUGCGGAUGCAUCCAUUUGUUCUUCGAGGGUUACUACGUCGUCAACUUCGUCGACAUCCCCAACAGACAAUUCCUCUUCGCCCAGCUCUGGAAAGAAUACUCCCUCUCAGACUCACGCUACCUCACUCAAGACUCCUUCCUCCUUCCCAUGGAAGCCAUAACCGCCUUCCUCUGGGGUCCAAUGUCGUUCUUUUGCGCAUGGAGCAUCGUCAAGCAACAUCCCCUCCGACACCCUAUCCAGCUGAUCAUCAGCGUUGGACAACUCUACGGCGAUUUGUUGUACUUUGGUACUUGCUACUUCAACGAGAUCGUUCAUAGCAUUGUGUACUGUCGCCCGGAGCAGUUUUACUUUUACAUGUAUUAUGUUUUCUGUAAUGCGAUUUGGAUUGUUGUUCCGACGGUUUGUGUGGUUCAUAGUGUUGUUCAGACGAAGAGGGCUUUUGCGAAGGUUCAGGAGGUUGAGAGGGUGAAGAAGGGAAUGUAAAUGGAGGAUAGUGAUAGAGGAGAAAGGUGACGGACAAGUUGAUACUGGGCUACGGAGGAUGAAGUAGCAAUAGUAAAAGUCACUCCUUUUCACUUCAACGUAAUUGAUUAAAUCCCGUUUCUCUUCUCA